AUGUCCAGUUCCAAGUCAACAACCAACAACAACACAACUUCCUCCUCCACUACAGGAGGCUGUAACGCGUCCACUACCACCACAUUCAACCCCCCCACCACAACCACACCAUACAAAUCCCCCUUCCCAAACAGCUCCGUCAAACCCGGGAGGGAAUCCAAAUCCAGAGAGCACUUCGAGUACAGCGAGUGGAAGAACAUACCGAGCUUGAUCGACCAUAGCAAGCACUUUGAGUUGAUGGCAGUGCCGAUUGAGCAUGAGAGGAAGGAGGCGGAGGCGAAAGAGAAGAAAUCUUGGUCUUGGGGUGGUGGUGGUGGUGGUAGUGGUGGCGGUAAGUGA